AUGUUCAACAAUGUGAGUGAUGUUUUCGUAGUGGGCACGAAUGGAGGAAAGUUGAUAAUCUACACAAUAUCAGACCAACCUAGAGCUGAGGAUGUCUGCAAAUUGCAGGCGUCGUCAGCUCGCCUUAUCAUAUUUACCGAGGAGCAAAUCCGCAGCCUUUAUCUCCCUAGCCUGAAACCAACCCGAUAUAAAUUGAAACUCACUAGUACUGAGGGACUACGAAUUCGGAAGGCUUCAAUUGUCACCCUUCAUAACUCGACCGACAUUGCCGGAAUAUCAUCAAUGCUAAUAACACCUUAUGGGGAGUUGUUGUUCCUCAGGCAAGGAGGAUCCGAGUUACAACGUGCCACUAUAUCCGAACAUUCGCUGCCAUGGACGGUGCCAUGUCAAGGAAAAACAUGGCCCGAACCUGUAACCUCACGUUCCGAAUCCCUCGCUUAA